UUAUAUUGUUAGAGAACUCUUAUUAACCUUUCCCCAUUGAAGUUAUCUGCUCAUUGCAUUGCUGAGGUAACAUAAUAUGUCCUCCUUGUGCAUGAUACCAUUCAACAUUCAUAUUUUCUAGCAAAUUCAUGAAGUAACAAUGUCAGCACCAGACACAUGAGUUGUUGUUGAAUAAGGCAUAGAUUUCAAAAUUUCACUUUUACUCUAGCGAACUGUUGCAUUGGGUUGAUUUACAAUACAGCAAAUUCGUGAAGUACCAGAUCCAGCACUAGACAUAUUGUUAUUGAACAAGGCAUAGAUUUCACAAUUUCAUUUUUUUUCCCUACCGGUUAGUUGCAUUUGGUUGAUUACAAUAUAGGUACGUAUGUUCUUAGAAACUUCAUUUCUUUUCAAUAUUUGUUGUUUUAGGUGUUUGUACUAUAUGUUUAUGCAUUUUGAUGUUCAUCCACGUCAACUGAAAUUGAGCUAAUCCCCCCCUUAUAAUCGAAUUUUUACUUUUCUCACUCAAUACAAAAAGUUUUAAAUCAUGUCUGCUAUAUGGUGGUGAAAUGUAAACUAUUAGAAAUUUGUAUGCUGUAAAAUAAUAAUGAGUAAAUAAAUAUACACAUGCAGUGAAACUGUCAAUUGAAAAUAUAACUUUACCCAUUGAAAUUCAAUUUUCUUUAACUAAAACUCAUCAUAGUAUAUUUUCCUAACAAAAACUCAUUGACUUUACCUCUUGAGAAAAAAAAAGGGCCUUCGGGUUUUUUACAUAUAUAUUUUUUUUCACUUCUCCUAUUUAUAUUGUUAGAAAGCUCUUAUUAACUCUUCCCCAUUGAAGUUAUCUGUUCAUAUAUUUGCAUUGAUGUGCAUCAUCUUUCCUCCUUGUGCAUGCUAACAUUCAACAUUCAAAUUUUCUUGCAAAUUCGUGAAGCACCACUACCAGUACCAGACAUAUGAUUUGUUGCUGAACAAGGCAUAGAUUUCAAAGUUUCAAUUUUACUAUGUUGGACAAUUGCAUUGCGUUGAUUUACAAUACAGGCAUCAGAGCACUGAGCGCGGGACUUAAAAAAGCCACCAACAAAGAGAAGCAUUCCAGCCGUAGUCCUUGAUUUCAAAAGGAAAUGGAAAUUAUAAUUGCAAUUGCCUCAAAAGUUGGAGAGUGCUUGGUCACACCAAUAGGAACAGAGUUUGGCUAUUUGAUUAAUUACCAUUCCAACCUGGAAAAUCUUAAGGGUGAGAUAAAAAAGCUUUUUGACAAGAAAGAUGGAGUGCAAGGAUUGGUAGAUGCUGCCCAAAGGAACAGUGAAAGGAUCAAACCUGAUGUUCAGAGUUGGCUAAAUAAUGUGAACGACGACAUGGUCAAAAAAGUGUUGCAGUUUGAGGAUGAAAUUAACAAGAAAAGGCGAUGUGUGUAUCGAUGGAGCUUGAGUCGGAGAGCCUAUAAGAUUAAACAAGAAGUUCUUCAGCUCCAAAACGAAGGAAGAUUUGAAAAUGUGGCCUAUCCUGCACCUCCACCAGAGAUAUGGUCAACAUUCGAAAAUGUUUUUAAGGAUUUUAAGUCCAGAAGGGCAAAGAUGAAUGAGGUGAUAGAGGGUUUUAAGAGGGAAGAAGUACGAAAGAUCGGGAUUUGUGGAAUGGGGGGUGUGGGUAAAACCACAAUGGUGAAAGAAAUCAUCAUAAGAUUGGCAAAACUGAACCUGUUUGAUAAAAUUGUAAUGGCAACUGUGUCUCAAAGUCCAAGUAUUAGGACGAUCCAGUUGGAAAUUGCAGAGGAAAUAGGUUUGGAAUUGAAGGAGGAAACCCAGUCCGGAAGAGCACGAAGGCUACAUAGGAGACUCAUGGAAAUAAAGAGGAUCCUGAUUGUAUUAGAUGAUGUCUGGGCAGUGCUUGAUUUUGAGGCUAUAGGACUCCCUUCUGGAAAUGCUCAUGAAGGGUGCAAAGUUUUGUUGACAUCACGAGAUUCGGACGUUUGCAACAGGAUGCGAAGUCAACAAAUUAUUGCAGUCCCGAUUUUAACACCAGAAGAAUCACAGGAGCUCUUUCGAGAAAUGGUGGGUGAAUCCUUUAAUGAUCCUGAUUUACGUUCCACUGCAAAAGAUGUAUUGAAGGAAUGUGGAGGUUUACCUAUUGCAAUUGUAACUGUUGGAAAAGCCCUAGAAAAGAAAAACAAGCAUGAAUGGGAUGAUGCCCUUAAUCAGAUGCGAAAUUCUACCCCAGUGAACAUCCCUGGAGUGAAUGACACAGUUUUUUCUAGCAUAAAAUGGAGUUAUGAUAGAUUGGAGAGUGAUGAAGUUAGGUCAUGUCUUUUACUUUGUUGUUUAUUUCCAGAAGACUAUGAUAUUCCAAUUGAGUAUUUGGUUCGAUAUGGGUGGGGUCGAGGAUAUUUUAGCAGCAGCGUUACUUUGGAAGAUGCAAGAAAUAGAGUGCAUUCUUUGGUUGACCAACUAAAAAGAAGGUUUUUGUUGCUAGAUAGUGGCAAGAGUGAGGCUACAAAAAUGCAUGACGUAGUUCGCGAUGUUGCCAUAUGGAUUGCUUCAAGAGAUAAAAAAGGAUUUUUGAUAAGAAGUGAUGCUGAAAAUAAAGGGUGGCCAAAUUUAGCUACAUAUGACCAUUACACUACAAUCUCACUUGUUGGCGAUUUGGAGAUUCCAGUUGGUUUGAAAUGCCCAAAACUUGAGCUUCUACAGACGAUGGAAGGACUUUUUUCAGAAGGUAGCAUGAACAACAUUUGUAAGGCGAUGAAAGAACUGAAGGUUUUAGCUUUGGUGGGAAAGGAAAUGAAAAACCGAGUCUCAUUAAGAUCACUGAAGAAUCUGCGGACCUUGUGCCUAGAUGGGUCUAAUUUUGAUGGCACGUCUACUGAUGUUAUUGGGAGUUUGGAGAAUUUAGAAAUCCUCAGCUUUCGGGAUUGUUAUUCCAUGCGUGAGUUGCCGAGGGAAAUUGGACGACUUAAACAGUUAAGGUUGUUAGAUACGACAAACUGCGAGGAACUUGAGGUGAUUCCACAUGGUAUCUUCUCCAGCUUAUGUAGACUUGAAGAGUUGUAUAUGGUUAAUAGCUUUAACGAAUGGGAAAUUGGAAGAGGAAGAGAAGAAAAGGGGAUGGCAAGCAUUUCUGAGGUGAUGUCUCUGUCCGAUCAUUUGAAGGUUCUAGCCAUAGAGAUACCCAGUGUCAUCCACUUGUUGACAAAAGACAUAGUCUUGAAAAGCCCAACAAUAAGAUUCCUUAUACGCUGUGCAACAUGGGGACGGCUUUUUUCAGAGAUGAGUACUUAUGCAUUCGAAAAUUGUUUGGAGAUUAGUGAAAGUGAUGCAAGGGAGUUGGAGGAGAGUCAAGCAGUCAAACUUUUGUUGAAAAAAUCUAAAAAAUUGUAUUUGUCGGAGGUUAAGAAUUUCUCUGUCCUCACUGAUUUAGACCAAGAAGGAUUUCAAGAUUUGAAAGAUUUGCAGCUUUGGAAUUGUCCACAUAUCGAGUAUCUUGCAAAUGGAACAAGUGGGUUUUUGACCAACCUAAGAUUCCUUGAAUUGGUAUUUUGUGGUGUCUUAAAAUAUGCCUUUUCAUUAUCAGUAGCAAGAAACUUGGUACAACUCAAAGAAUUAAACAUUGAUGGAUGUGGUCAAAUGGAAGAAAUUGUGUCGAAGCAGGGGAGGGAACAUGAGGAGGAAGCCGAUAUGAUAUCUUUCGAUAAAUUAACCAAUUUGACUCUCGAGGGUCUAGGGAGUUUGGUUGGUUUCUUCCAAGCCAAGAAGCUAUACUCCAACCAAGAGGAAACAACGGCAAGGGUUGAGCAUCAAUCUGCAGGCGUAUUUGAAAAAGCAAUAUUUCCAUCAAAGUGCAUUUCAUGGUUUCCAAGUUUAGAAGAGGUAGUAUUGGGACGUAUGAAGUUUGAAGGUGUGCUAUUUGAUUUGAAAAACAUUCCAUCUGGAUUUCAAGGCUUCCAAAAUUUGAGAUAUUUGGAAAUGAGAGAAUGUUCUGGUCUAGAAUAUGUGUUCUUGCAUUUAAUUGCCCGAAAACUUUUGAAUCUUGAAGAGGUAAAGAUAUUAAAAUGCCCGGACAUGGAAGCUAUAGUCAGAAUCCCAGAGGAAAUUGAAGAAGAGGCGACAAAAUACAUGAUUUUGUUUCCGAAACUGAACACAUUUGAACUAGAAGACCUGCCUCGUCUCACAAGUCUUUGUCCAGAGGGAUUUACAUUUCUACGGUCAUCCACAAAAAAAAUGCACGUGAAAAGAUGUGAAAAUUUGAAGACAUUGGGUGUUGUAAUUCCACAAAGAAAGAAGUUGGAGAAUAACUUGAAGAAGGAUUCAACAAGUCAUGAUUUCAGCACUUCUCCAACACGUUCAUCAAAUUGGUGCCCUGCUGGAUGUGGAUGCGCACCAUAUUCAAGACCAAACGCCCACCGCCCCAUUGAAAUAUUGCCACGUCCAAUUAACCUGGAGGUUACACAAACUAAUCUUGAGGACUCAAAUGAUAAUGAUAAUCUCGAAAAUCUUACUGUAAGUGACUGUAAUUCGAUGGAAGUGAUUUUCCAACUCAAGGGACCGAAGCAUGAAGAAAGUAGUCACUCCAUUGAAGCAUUCAAUAAAUUGAGUUCCUUGCGGUUAGAUAGAUUGCCAGGUUUAACGCGUGUUUGGGAGAUGGGUAGUUCACAACCGAUGUUGACAGGAAGCAGCUUCGGAAACUUGAAAUCGCUGGAGGUUGGUUUUUGCAACCAGUUGAAAUACUUGUUUUCAUCGUCCAUAGUCAAACUUCUCGUGAGUAUAGAGGACAUAGAAGUUCAUAACUGUGAGAAGAUGGAAGAAAUCGUUGCCGCAGAAGAAGAAACUGAUGAAACAAUUACAUUACCUAAAGUGAAGUCCAUCAAGCUUGAAAGUCUGCCAAAACUCAAGUAUUUUUGUGGUGAAGCUUAUACUUUGAAGUUGCCGUCUUUGGAGUUAUUGGAGUUUGAUGACGUGCAAAACUUAAGCUUAUUAGCUCCAAAGCUUAUUGCCACACAUCCCCGAUUGCAAGUACGCACCGCGUUGGGAGUGGCUGAAUGGAAGGGGGACCUCAAUGCCACUCUUAAGGAAUAUUUACGUCACAAGGAAGGGUGAAGAUGAUGAAAUCGAGAGGGAGGACGAACACAAUUAAUUGAUCAAGCACAAAGGUUAACAUGUCUCCAUCUUCAACUUCUUCUAGGCUUAGUAAAAACUGCUAUUUUCGGAAACACAUAUACAAUAAGCAUAACCGUUUCAACUUAUUUGAGUUUCAGUGAUUUCUAAUAUUCUCCAAUGCAUGCAGAACAACAAUUCAAAGAAGGUUGUGGCUUCAACAAUUCGUUUACCAUCUCAUAUGUACAAACCAAUAAAAUGUCAUUUGUUGCAUCAGACUUUCAUUCCAAAAAUACUAUUUAUGUUGCUUAUUUUAUGCAUGUAUAAUAAAUUUCGAGUGUGAUUGUUACUGUUUGUA